AUGAGAUCAAUUAAAUCAGUAGUAGUAGGAGAUGGAGGAGUUGGUAAAACUUGUUUAUUAAUAUCAUAUACGACAAAUACAUUUCCAAAUGAUUAUAUUCCAACAGUAUUUGAUAAUUAUUCAGCAUCAGUUUUAAUAGAUGGUGAACCAAUAAAAUUAGGAUUAUGGGAUACAGCAGGACAAUCAGAAUAUGAUAGAUUAAGACCAUUAUCUUAUCCUCAAACUGAAAUCUUUUUAUGUUGUUUUUCAGUAAUAAGUCCUGAUUCAUUUGAUGAUAUAAAAUUAAAAUGGAUACCUGAAAUAAUGCAUCAUUGUCCAAAAGAUAUAUUAAUUUUAUUAAUAGGUACAAAAAUAGAUUUAAGAGAUGAUUAUCAUGUUUUAGAUGAAUUAACUUCAAAAAAUAUAAAACCAAUAAAAUAUGAACAAGGUGUUAAAUUAGCCAAAGAUAUUGGUGCAAUAAAAUAUAUGGAAUGUUCUGCAGCUACUCAAAAUGGUGUUAAAGAAAUAUUCGAUUAUGCUAUAAGAGCAGUAUUGGAUCCUCCAAAUUUAAAUAAUAAAGAAUAUACUGAAUCACAAUCUACAAACAAUAACAAUAAUAAUAAUAAUAACAAUAAUAUAAUAAAAAAUUCAAAUAAUCAAUCUGGUUCUAAUCUAAGUAAAAAGAGGAAAAUAAAGAAAGCUAAAAAAUGUACAAUAUUAUAA